AGUCGAGUCGCUGGUUAGUUCGUUGGAAACAGUGAAGAGUGGUGGUCGCGUCUCGCAGUUUUCGGAGCGGGUCUUUAUGAACCGGGGAAAUACGUAAACCACUGAGACCCAAACAGCAAUAUCAACACAAACUAUUUUUUUGGCGUGCUCGCGAGUGACGUUUGAACAGAAAGCCAGAGAGCCUGGAGUGGCCAACAUGACCUCCUGAAAGUAUUUGGCAUCGAAAUGUACGCCGCCCUGAUCCUGAUCCUGCUCCUGCACCUGACAACCGCGUCCAGCAGUGUCGGCCAGAAUGGCCAGAAUGGCCCGGUGGCCUCCGGAGCAGGCCCAAACGGAUUGCAGUGCCAGCCCAUAGCCGUGUCCGCCUGCCAAGGCCUCGGCUACAACAUGACCGCACUGCCCAACCUGGCAGGUCACACCAAUCAGCUGGAGGCUGAGCUCCAGAUCGCCAAACUGGUGCCCCUAAUAGAAUCCGGUUGCUCGCGUCGCGCCCGCUUUCUGCUCUGCUCAUCUCUGUUUCCGCUGUGCACGCCGGAUGUGCCACGCCCCGUUGCCGCCUGCAAAUUGCUGUGCGAGACCGUAAGAGGGGAGUGUAUGGAAAACGCUCCGCCGGAACUGAUGGAGCUGUGGCCUUCGUUCCUCAACUGCGACGGGCUGCCGCAGCCGGAGAAGCACGAGCUGUGCAUGCAGAUUCCCCAGGAGCUGGCUGGGCCAGGCGGGGGUCCAAGUGGUCCAAGUGGCCCGCCCACCACUGGUUCACCCAGCCUCGAAGACCACCCGCAGACGUACCGCUUUUGGAAGAGUGGAGUACCACCUGCCUCUGGCUUGGGCGGCGUCCUGUGCCCGCAGAACUUUAGCGGCAGUCCCUUCAAUCCGGAGGAGUGCGUGCCCCAGUGUCAGCGGGACGCCUUCCACACGAGCUCUCAGAAGAAGACGUCUGAGACCCUGAUCCUGGGCCUUUCGGCCGUCUGCUUCGUCCUGACCCUGUUCGCCCUGGUGACCUUCUGGGCGGAGCCUACCAGGUUUGGUUACCCCGAGAGACCAGUGCUCUUCCUAUGCCUCUGCUACAACCUCUUCAGCGUGUGCUAUCUGGAGCGGAUUGUGUUCCACAACCAAGCCAGGAUGCACGACGUCGAGGUGCAAGGGCGCCUGAUGCGACCGGGCUGCUUGCUUACGCCACCUUGCCUGGCCUCCUACAUAACCACCUCCUAUUUAAGCCUGUGUGCCGCCAGCUGGUGGCUAAUAUUCGCCCUGUGCUUCUACCUGUCCUCCCACAAAAAGUGGUCCAGCGAGGCGUUGGAGAAGCGAUCCGGCCUGUUCCACGUUCUGGCCUGGGUGCCACCGCUGGCGCCUCCCAUUGCCGCCCUGCUGCUGGAGAAGGUGCGUCCGAGUGAGCUGACAGGAAUGUGCUAUGCACCGGGUUUUGUGGAACUGCCUGCCCUGGUCCUACUCCUGCUUGGGCUGUACUUCACCCUGAGAGCCUCCAGGUCCCUGCUCUCCCUGCAACAGGAGCUGCAGCCCACCCUGGCCCACCACCGAUUCGGGCAGAUCCGGAAGCGCUUCGUGGUCUUCUCCCUGCUGUACUUCGCACCCACGACCGCCGGCGUGGUGGCGGCUCUUUGCGAGCGCUACGCAGACUCAGUGCCCAGCUGCUCCACCCCCGAUGAUUGCCUCUCCCCCACUCCGCUCAGUGCCUGGCCAGCGCUGGUCCGGAUAUUCUUCCAGCUGGUGGGCGGAACGUUGACGGGCUUGUGGGUGUGGUCGCGCAAGACCUGCGAGAGCUACAGAAAUCGGCUGGGGGCCAGCGGCACACCCACCUCGUCCCUGAUGAAUCAAAGCAAGUCGGCCGGAGCUCUGCCCAAAAAGCACUUGUACACGAGUGGGAAAUCCAUGCUGCCCACGGGGGGAAUCACUCCUCUAUAUGCUGGUAUUAGUUUUCACAAUGUGCCCGUCUACAACCCCAACCAAUCGAGAGUUUAGGGGCUCCAGGCACACCUCUACCCCACUAUUGUACAUAUAACAUACACAUCAUAGAAGGCUUUGAGCCCGGAUCAGGUAACAUGAUCGAACAUACGCCUAGUUUGUAAGCCCGAAAAGGAGAAACUGAAAUGUGUUAAUAGCUUUAUAGAUCGCGCUCCCCAAUUGCCCAUCACCUCUAGUUUUUAUCAGUAGUGCUCUAGCUAGUCCUAAGUCUGUAAAUAGUAACAAGUUUUGUUCAUGCCUUAAAUAUUGUAAGCCUGCCUAGUAGAAUAAACUGUAAUAAAUUAUUUGAAUUAAA